UCGGCUGUAGGACGCCGCUCAGCGAGCGGUUGGCCGCCCAAGCGCAGCGAGCUGAGCCGCCGCCCGGAGCCGCAGACUUGCUGCGGGGCGGGCUGGGCCCGUCUGCCGGCAGCCUCUCGGGGCAAGGAGCGGCCCCAGCUUCGUCAUCGCCCUCGCCCUCGCCCUCGCCCUCGCCCUCCUCGCCCGCGCCGUCGCCGUCGCCGUCGCCGUCGCCCGCGUCGUCGCCGUCGCCGGGGCCCGCUUCUCCGCACUGGAGGCAGCACUACUACGCGCCCACCGCUGCAGCGCCGGCGGGGGCAGCGCCGGCGGCAGGGCAGGCGGGGGCAGCGCAGGCGGGGGCAGGGCAGGCCGCGGGGUCCGCGAGCCGCCGCUCCUCCUACUAUGUCGCGGGCUUUGGGCAGCAAGGCGCGCCGCAGCACAGCGGCGGGAGAGGCGGAGGGAGACGUGGCUCGCUUCCGGCGCCAGAGACGCUCACCCACGGCUGGGCAACCCCCCACCCCCACCCCCCCACCCCCUCGACCGCACAGGCGCAUGCAGAGUACGCGGGCGCGGCCCGAGACGUCGGGGGCGACUAGAGCGGAGGUCGCACGAGAUCACUCCUAGAUGCUGCUGCUUCCUAGGCGCGGCCAGCCGACCGGCGACUACGCCGAGCGGUGGGGCGUCAGCGAGGAGGAGUGUCGCCGCUUGUGCGACGAGUCUGCGGCGUGCCGCGGGCUGGAGAUGAAAACCGACCGCCGCGUCGCGAUGCAGCGCUGCGAGCUGCACCGGUGGGCGCCGACGCACACUCUGCCGAUGCCGGGCUUCCUGUGUUUUGUCAAGGCGUGAGGCAGAGGCCCGCCGCGCGAGUACAUUUUGGUGGCCCUCUUAGACUUCUCCAGUAGCGUACUCUGUCAGUUGUAGCAUGUGUAGGGCUGAAAGGGAAGGGCGUCGCAUGUUUCCAUUUUGAUUGCCGAGAUCG